UGGAGAUUUGAUUGAAGGGAAAACAAAACAAACCAGAAGAAAAUUUUAAAAGUAAGCAUAUAAACUCUUUUAUCUUCGCUUGGGUUUGGUUGAAGCUGAUGGAUCGGAUUGUCUCUGGUUGAUUGGAGAAAAAUGUUUAGAAAUACAUUUCAAAGUGGAUUUCUGUCAAUUUUAUAUUCGGUUGGAUCAAAUCCUCUUCAGAUUUGGGAUAAGAAAGUUAAAAAUGGAACAAUCAAGAGAAUCAUGGAUAAUGAUAUUCAAUCAAGUGUAAUCGAAGUUACUGGUAGUAAUAUUUCGACCACUCUAAUCACUUGUCCAUCGACACCUCGUUUAUCUCUUGGAAUUAAACUUCCAUAUCUUGUGAUUAUUGUCAAGAAUAUGAAGAAAUUUUUCUCCUUCGAGGUCGAGAUAAUGGACGAUAAACAAGUUAAACGUCGUUUUCGUGCCUCCAACUUCCAGACGGUUACGCGAGUUCGCGAUUUUAUCUGUACGAUGCCUUUAAGAUUGGAUGAAGGAUGGAACCAAAUUGGAUUUAAUUUGACUGAUUUCACUAAACGAGCAUAUGGAACCAAUUAUGUUGAAACGGUUCGAAUCACAAUCAAUGCCAAUUGUAGAUUAAGAAGAAUCUAUUUCUCUGAUCGAUUGUAUUCGGAAGAUGAGCUUCCACCCGAGUUUAAGCUUUACCUUCCGAUAUCAGCGAAAAGUUGAGCCCAUAAGAAUCGUAAGAAUACAAUUUUCUCAAUGAAACAAAUUUAAUGUUGAUUCUUGAAAGAGAUUAUUGGUCCGAAGGGUAACAGAAUUACAUCUCUUUUAACAAAAUAACGUUUUACAAAAAAAGUAUUAUGAUUUUCGACUGAUUAUUUCCUUUUCUUUGAGCUCCGUAUUCCUGGAGAACUCACAUCUCAUUGAUCUCGGUAAUUCUGUAACCAAUUACUCUCUAACCUCUGUCUUAUUAUCAUGCUAAAAGAAAUGAAAUAAAACAAUAAUGUAAACGAUGAUUAAUAACAAAA